GAUCGCAGUCGUAAGACAUUUUUGAACAUUGGAUGUGUCAAACGCCUUAUUCCAUCACAGAGAAUCCAAACCCGAUUGAUUCGUGUUCAUUAAUUAAUCGAGGAGAGGAGGUGUCAUAGCCGUCGUCUACCUACCAAACACUAGGAAAAACCCAACCAGUUAUUAUAGUCUCCGUCUACUCACUACUUCACGUAUGGUAAGUUACAACGACGAAGAAGAAGAAGAAGAAGAAGAAGAAGAACCAGAACCAGAACCCAGCCACACACAUAAAGUAAGGAAGGGAAGGGAAAUCUUUGGCCUUUUCGUUGAUCUUCUUCCUUUUCCUGAUCAUCAAUUUUUCUUGAUCAGAGAAAGUUAAAAGAUGGAGUCCGUGAUAUCGAAUUCUCAUGAAAUACCCGAGAAGAUCAUUAUCGAUACUGAUCCUGGCAUCGAUGAUAGCAUGGCUAUCUUGAUGGCAUUUCAAACACCAGAGGUGGAGAUCUUAGGUUUGACUACUAUAUUUGGUAAUGUUAGUACUGAAGGCGCUACCCGCAAUGCUUUGCUUCUGUGUGAGAUCGCAGGGCAUCCUGAAAUCCCUGUGGCAGAAGGCAGCUCUGAACCUCUGAAGGGUGGAAAGCCACGUGUCGCUGACUUUGUUCAUGGCUCUGAUGGUUUGGGAAAUGUAUAUUGUCCACCCCCAAAAGAAAAGAAAAUUGAGAAGAGUGCUUCUGAAUUUUUAGUUGAUAAGGUCCUUGAAUAUCCUGGUGAAGUAUCCAUACUUGCACUGGGACCACUGACAAAUUUAGCUUUGGCGAUUAGAAAGGAUUCAUCUUUUGCAAGCAAGGUCAAGAGACUGGUCGUACUUGGUGGUGCUUUCUUUGCAAUGGGAAAUGUCAAUCCUGCAGCUGAAGCAAAUAUCUAUGGGGAUCCAGAAGCAGCUGAUAUUGUUUUUACCUCAGGGGCAAAUAUUGUUGUUGUUGGCAUAAAUAUUACUACCCAAGUCAAAUUAACAGAUGAAGACAUCUCUGAAUUAAGGGAUUCCAAAGGGAGACAUGCCCAGUUCUUAGGUGAAUUAUGCAAAUUUUACAUAGAUUGGCAUGUGAAAUCUGAUGGCGUUUAUGGCAUUUUUCCCCAUGAUCCUGUGAGUUUUGUUGCACUUGUCCGUCCGCAUCUUUUUACUUACAAGAAGGGCGUUGUUAGGGUUGAAACACAGGGUUUAUGCGUUGGACAUACAUUGAUGGACCAAGGACUUAAAAAAUGGAACUCGAACAACGUUUGGUCAGGCUAUGCCCCUGUUUCAGUUGCAUGGACGGUUGAUGUGGAGGGAGUUGUUAUGUAUAUAAAGGAAUUGCUCAUGAAACCUUGAAAGCUAUAUCAUGCACAUAAGACUGGGGGAAAGACAAGGUUGCUUUGUCUACCAUGUGCCAUUUCAACAAUAUUCCAUUUCCUCUUCUUUUAUUGGUCAUAAAUCUUGGAUGUGGGUUUCAUGUAUUAAGAUCACAUACCUCCAUUCAUGAAACAAUGAUUUUAUACGGGUUCAUGGUGCAUCCAUGCCCCCACAAUUCAUGCUGGAAGAAUGAUUCUAUUCUAGAUGUAAAGGUGCACAUGUUAUUUUAAAGUUUUAGUGAAGAAGAUUUUUAUCUGUCA